AUGAAUAAUAGAAUACUACAACCAAUAUUGGCUGCGGAGGAUAUAUGCGCUAUAAAAUAUAAUAUGUUCAAAAUUACAGAUUGUAUUAUAAGAAUUACAGGUAUGUGUGUCAGAAAUCAAAAUGAAGAAGAACAACUGCAAGAAGAAGAAAUUAUUUCACCCGAUCAAUUACGCAAAUAUAUUAUUGAGAUAGUUAAAUCUAUUAUAAUACUUUCACUAUUAGCCACAGGAAUAUUAUUCAUUUUUUAUGGCGUAUAUGCUACUACAAUUUCUUCUGAAUUUUUCCCAUAUAAUAUAGGAAGAUUUACUAAGUUAGUCAGUUUUAAAUUGAUAUAUAGUGGUAGUUAUAUUAUUAUAGCUACACCCAUGAUAUAUAUUGUUUUAAAUAUUAUUAAUAGUUUUUAUAUAUCAGUGUUAUCCAUAGAUGUGCAUGCUAAAUAUCGUGAUCACAGUUAUACUAUGAACCAGUUGGCUAUAUUUUUCUGUAUUUUUGUAAUUCCGGGUUGUAUACUUAAUGGAAUUAUAAAAAUUCUGCCUAUUCUAUCCGAGUUUAUAGGGAAUUAUCCAAUAUUAAAGAAUGUAGUAAUGACAUUGCAUCCCAUACCCAUAUGGAUAUACAUGUGUAAAAUACUUCAUAAUACAUAUUACAGAAAUAUAACCCGAGCGUUCACUAUAUAUGAGAUGGCUAUUAUUAUGUACGGGGCUUUGAUAGGUAUUAUAUACGCUAUAGGCAUUAUAUAUGCUAUUAAUUUAUAUUCCAUUGGGGGUAUUAGUAAUAUAUAUGGUACUGUGUAA